CUGAGGUCUGAGGUCCUCUGCCCCCCACCGGCCACCGCUCCUUCCCGAUGGCUGCCGCCGCCGCUCGCCGCCUGGUGCGUCCGUCGUCCUCCGUCUCCGUAUCCAACACCAGCCGGCUCCUCUCGUCCACGGCUUCGCCGCCUCCUCACCGCAGCCCCAAUACUAACUCACCCGUAGCCUUCGAUUGGUCCGAUGACGACGCCAACAACCCCACGACACCUCCACCGCUGUCCCCGGCAAAGAAUCCCGAGCUGCCUCCCCCGUACGACCCCUUUAGCAAGAAGCCCGCUCUCUCUGAGCCGUCCGACCCCACCAAUCUACAGGAGAUCUUCCACCGGAUGCGCACCGAGGGCCUCACCGACUACGCCAUCAAGAUGUUCGAUGGAUUGUCCAAGGACGGGCUGACCCACGAGGCGCUCGCGCUCUUCGCGGUCAUCAAGGACAAGGGCACCAUGCCCGACGUCGUCGCACACACUGCCGUUCUCGAGGCCUACGUCAACGCCGGCCCCGCUCACUGGCGCGACGCCGUGCGCACCUACGACCGCAUGCUCGCGUCCGGCGUCAAGCCCAACGCGUACACGCUGGCCGUGCUUGUCAGAGGGCUCGCGGCCAGCGACCUGUGCUCGGAGGCUGGGAGGUACCUGGUAGAUAUGCUCGACCGGGGGAUGCAGCCGAAUGUGGCGACGUACCUGGCCGCGUUCGAGGCGUACGUGAGGAUGGAAAAGGUGGAGGAGGGGCAGCUGCUGCUGGAGACGAUGAAGGGAAAGGGCUUCGUGCCAGACGAGGAGGCGGUGCGCAGGGGCACGGUGAAGCGCGGGCAUGUGUUCAAGGGUGUCAUGAAUUUACUCUUUGGCAAGUGAUUGUGUUUGUGUCUUACACAUAAUUGCCAUUGGUCCAUUUUGAUACUGUGUUGUGGGCCCGAUUUAUUGGUGGGAGGGAGGAGGUGGGCGCUGCCGCUUGGCCGAAGGCAAGAGGGAGGGAUAAGUCUGAAAUCUAGAAGAUAGAAGGGCCAUGGACCUUUACUUCUGCUUAACCAACCACGAUGCAUCCCCUCUUUUUAUAUAGAGGAAGGUGACUUAACCAUAAUUAUAUUAUAGAUGGGAUCUUAGAGAUGUGUUCUGAUCUUUCCUAACU